AUGGAUUUCGGCGGCUUCGGCGACGCGCCGCCGGCUCAGGCACCCUUCGGGGGUGGCGCUCCUCGUGGGCCGUUCCCCAAGGCAGCGGCCGCGCCGCGGGGCGCGCCGUCGGCCACGGCGGGGCUCAUGCUCCACACCACUCUCGAGACUACGGGUUUCGGAGACCUCGCCACGGCGUUGGUGGCUGGCGUCGGCGGCGACUUGAGCACCACCGUCACGGACUUCGUGGCCGUCCCAGAGCAGAUCUUGGUCGACAUGAUCGGCCAGCUCGAGGUCGAGGGCGUUCCCGCGUCUGGCAUCGUCCGCGGCCGCGCGGUGCGUGCGAUUCGGGCCGUCUUCGACGUCGCGGGGCUGCCACCGCCAAGCUUGGGCGCGUCAAUGCCCCCAGCUCCUGCCACGCGGCCUUCCGGGGCCACGCAGGACGAGCCGUCGCCAGGCGACAACAAGCGGCGGUUCUCGGAUCUCAUCGACCAGGCGGCGGAGGGCACCUUCAACCUUCUUUCGAAGGACAACGUUGCGGCGGCGCGCCUGAGGUACGUCACCGUCACGGGGGCCCCCCCUCCGGCGCACGCGCGGCCCUCGGCUGAGCAGAUCUCGGGGCUCGCGGCGCUGCUCAAAGCCAAGGCUUCGCCCUACGUCGAUUUCGGCGUGUUUGGGACGUACGGCCGCAGGAGGGCGAAAGCCAGGAAGUUCGAGGCCCAAACCUUCGUCGAAGGGCGCCUCGAGACGAGGAUGCUGACGGGCCCUUCGAACUUCGAGGCAUGGAGGUCGUCCUGGCUGGCCUUCAGCUCAUGCGUGAUCUGCCUCGGGGCCGCCCCGCCCGCGGUUUUGGACGAGUACGAAGAGGGCAUCCGCCAGCUGUCCAUCUUGUACCCGUCCUAUUGGGGCGUCAUCCUGAGGGCCGACGACACGGUCAGGUCCGAGAAGUGGGACGCGCUCCUGGAGGAGUACCUCGACGCCAACCCCGACGACGACCAGGCGUGGGCGUGCGUCAUCCGCGCCUCUGCCUUCGGCGCCGAGCCGGCGGUCUCCAAGUUGGGCCAUUGGUGGUGGAUGCACGUCGGCGCCCCCUGCACUAAGGAGGGCGGCAAAGCCGGCGCUCUUGUCGACCGCUUGGAGGGCGCGCCAGCUGGGGCGCUACCGGACCCCACAGCCCCGCCGCCCCGUCCCGCGGACGACGCUGACGCGGCGGUGGCUUUGCUAGCGCGCACCGCCUCCGGCCGCGUGCACCGGCACGUUCUCCGCGGCGGGGAGCAGGGGUCCGCCGCGCGCGUGAAGCGGUCGGAGGAUGCCGCUUGCCAGGUGCAGCGGCAGGCAGGGGGCCCUGACCGAGCCAUUGCGGAUUGGCUACUGGAGGGCGCGCCGAUGGGGAUCACGCGGGACAUCCCCCCUGGCGGGCUUUUCCCCGCGGCGGAAUCCGAGGCGUCAAUGGAUUUAGACGCGCUCCUCGAGCGCGCGGCCGACUUGGGGAACCACCCUUCCUUCUACGAGUUGCGCGGCCAGGAUCGGCCGCCAGGCGUCGAGCAGCUCCAGUGCUUGGUCAACCAGGGGUUCGGGAUCCUCUUCGAGGACCGCGCGGCGGCGGAGGCCUUCUACUCCACCGCCGUUUUCCCGGCGCCCCUCGGGAACAUCGCUCGAACGAAGCCCGACGGCACGACCAAGCACCGCAUCAUCCAGGAUCUGAAGGCGAACCUCGUCAACUCGGCGGUGACCCUCGCGGAGCGCCAGGUUCUGCCGACGAUCAUCGACCACGCGUUGGGCGUCGCCCUGCUUUCCUCCUGGGCUCAGGAGGGCGGUGUGUCCUGGACGCUGGUGUUGGACUUCGCGGACGCCUUCAUGUCAGUGCCGUUGCACCCGGACGAGCAGCCGUUCAAUUGCGCGCACGUCGGGCACGCAUUGCGGAGGGACAGGCCGCCAGCCUACCCGCAGGAGGCGCGCGAGGGGCGAUUCGUGGUCUGGCGGGUCCUGGGGUUCGGCGGCAAGCCCAACCCCGUCGUGUUCGGGCGCGUGGCGUCCUUCGCCGCACGCACCGCGCAGGCCCUGCUCCGGCCAUUCGCGCGGUCGGGUUGUGGCCACGCUGCCGCCGCCGCUGGUCGCCUGCAGCUCUACGUCGACGACCCGGUUCUCACCGUGGCGGGCACGCCGGCAGCAGCGCAAUUGGCGAUCGACCUUGCCCUGACUUGGUGGCUCCUCCUCGGGGCGCCGCUCGCUUGGAAGAAGGGCGCGCUCUACGCGCGCGAGCACCUGUGGAUCGGAGCCAUGUUCAUUCCGUAUUCGCCCGGCGAGGUUCACGUCAUGCUGCCCACGGAGUUCUUGGCAGAUCUCUUCAGGCUCCUCGAGCCCUUCGCGGCGGGGUCAGGCCAUGCGUCCGUGGCGGCUGCCCGCCGCGUCGUCGGGAAGUGCGCGCGGGUGGCCUACGUGGUCCCCGACGCGGCGCCCUUCGCGGCCGCUCUCUGGGGCGCCCUUGCUGGCGCUGCGGCAGCCGACCGGGAGGCACCUCCGGGUCGCGUCGCGUGCAGGAGGUUCGGGGCUGCCGCAAGGUGGAUGCGGGCGCUCGUCAACCCUUCCGGUCUCGACCUGCUCCCCCUUCGGCGAGUCGUCAGGGCCCAGGGCGAGCAGCGGGGGCGCGCUUCCGACGCCGUGGUGAAGUUCGACGCUUCCCCGUGGGGCGGCGGCGCAGCGCUCUGCAGGCGCGGCGUCCCUGUGGAGUUCUUCGCCCUCACGUGGUCGGACGACGUCUGCGGUCUAUUCAACGUCGGCACGGGCGACCCCAGGCACCAGUCUUUCUGGGAGUACCUCACAGUGUUCCUGGUGUUGUGCGUGUGGGGAGAUUCGUUCCGUACCGAGGUCCUCACCAUUGCGGGCGACAACGUCGCGGCUCUGGAUGGGGUCCUCAACCUCCAUGGCAAGGGCCUCCUCAACCGCAUCACCCGUGAGAUCGCAUGGCGGCGCGCGCGGCGCCGGUGGGAGUAUGUGGUCUCGCACUUGCCGGCGGAGCACAACGAGACCGCCGACGCGCUGUCGCGGUUGGCCGCGCCGGACCCCGCUGAGCUCCCGGCGGAGCUCACCGAGGCGAAACGGGUCGGCGCGCCCAGCGUCCCCGAGCUCUUCGUGACGAUGAGGGCGCCCCCGGGCCUGCGAGCGCCGCGGCUCUGGACCGUCUCCGGGUCACUCGGAGGCGGCUCGGGGGCGCCUCCGGGUCACCCGGAGGCAGCUCUGGACCGCUUCCAAGUCGCCCGGAGGUCAGCGUACCAGAGGGGUCGGCCGCCCGACCUCCAGUCGCCUGCUGCGCGCGACCGCGCGCUCCGCCGCCUCGCAGCCGACGUCUACGCGGCAUCGUCGGGCGGGGUGGUGGAGGCGCGCCGCCGCAAUGUCGCGGCGCUCCUGCGCGUUUGGGGCGACGACCCGCUGCCGCCGACGCCAGCCAAGGUGACGCGUCUGUGCGCCAGCCUCAAGGAGGGGGGCCACCGCACCGCAGAUGCCUACGUGUCGGCGUACAGGGUCCUCGCGGAGCGCGCCGGCUUCACCUUGCAGGCCGAUUUCGAGCGGGCUGCGAAGGACGGCUUGCGGUCCUGCUCGCGCGGCGUGGGCCCCGCCGUCAAGGCGCGCUCCCUUCCGUUCGAGCGCGUGGGCGACCUCCCAGGAGGCCGCGGCGCCUGGAACGCGGGGAGGCCCGUCGGCCCCAGGAACGCCAUAGUGGCUGGGUCGUGGUGGAUGACCCGAGAGAUCGAGCUUUCCACGGCCAGAGCGUGCCUCAUCGAGCUCGUGCGGGGCGACCGCCCUGUGGUCACAUGGCAUUUGCCGGCGUCGAAGACGGACGUGGCAGCGCUGGGCGUGGCGCGGACGCACGGCUGCUCGUGCACCCCCGGCCGGCCUCCACGCCCGUCGUGCCCAGCACAUGCCAUUUGGGACCAGAUCUUGCUGCUACAGCGGAUGUUCCCCGCGCGCUGGCGGGAGGGCGUCGCGGACCGCGACCUCCCUCUCUUUCCCACGGAGGCUGGGGGAGUGGUCUCCAAGGAGGCGAUGACAGCGACCAUCCACCACGCGGCCAGCUCCCUCGGCGUCCCAGCGGCGACGCCAGACGGCUCCGAGCGCGUCGGGGGCCACAGCCUUCGCCCCACUGGGGCGCAAGGCCUGGCACGCCUCGGAGUCGACCUGUGGGCAAUUCAACUCCUGGGGCGCUGGGGCUCAUCCGCCGUCCAGGGGUACGUGCGGGAGGCAUCGCUGGACACGGCCGCUGAGUGGGCCAGGCGCGCCGGCAGCAGCCUCGACCUCGAGUCUGUGCUGGGCCAGGUCGCGGACCUGCGAUCCGAGCUCGGGGAGCUCCGCCGCGGCCGGCCGACCCCGGAGGAUCCCGUCGACAUGGUGCUCGGCGAGGUGCGUUCCGAGCUGGGGCGCCAGUCGCUACGCUGCGAACUACAGGAUGCGGUGAUUCGCCGAGAGGCGGAUGAGCAGCUGACGUCCACCUGCGCCAGCAGGAGCAGCCCGGUCGGGAAGGUGCUCAACCGCGAGUCCGGCGUCCUGCACGCUGUCCUCGUCGGGCCGGCCUCCAUGCCCGCGGCUGCCUGGGUGACGCGGUGUGGCUGGAGGUCCGGGCUGGCUGCGCACGCCGUGGCCCCGGGUGAGCACCGAGUCGCUUGCGCCCGUUGCUUCAGGGACUGCGUGGAAGUGCCGGACGGCGGGGGCGAUCGGGGGCCGGAGCCUCCACCGAGAGGGAUGGAGCGCCCCGCGCCCGGCACGUUCUUCAAGACGGCGCUGGCGGACGCGGGCAGCGCGACGACGUCCGCGCAGGCCCGGCUUGCUGCCCUGUCGCUGUGCGCCACGGGCGCUCAUGGGCUGGCCGCGGCCAGCGCCUCCAUGAUCGACGGCGAGCGGUUCGGCAUCCCGGAGAUGCCCGCGCUCGCCGCCGUCGACGGUGGUUCGGACAUGUGGCCGUUUGGCCGCAAGACCGUCGCUAAGGCCGCCGUCCCCAAGAACGUCACGAUCAUCCUGAACGGCGAGCCCAAGUCUGGCACCACGUGGCUGGAGUACGUCGCCAAGGAUCUCCUGAGCCAGGUGUGUGAGAAGGAGCCCGGCUGCCAGCUGCUCCAGAACCCGGACGGCAGGACCGUCAGCGCGCAGAGGACGUCUGGGCUGGUCAAGUACGACAUGGACACCAAGCACGAGAUCCCCAACGUGGGGCAUAAGAACGCGUUCGACUUCUCCAUCGCUCCGUCUAUGACGGACGAGCAGGUCGAGGCGGCGGCGAAGGCCACGCUGGAUCAGGCCCCGGAGGGCGCCAAGUGGCUGGCAAUCUUCCGCGAUCCCCGCGACGUCACCAUCUCCUCGUGCUACCACAUGGUCAAGAACUGCCCCGACGCGAACGGCUACGUCGGCGGCAAGAUCGAGAGGAUCACCCGGUGGAUCGAGCUCCGCCACCGCCUCUUCACGUCGCUCCAGAAGCUGGUCCCGGAGAGGGUGAUGAUUCUGUACUACGAGGAGAUGAAGAAGGACGAGCAGGGCACCAUCGGGAAGCUUGCAGAGUACUUCGAAGUGCCUUUGACCAAGAAGCAGGGGAUGCUGAUCUCCUCGCACACGACCUUCAGCGCCAUGAAGGGCCAGCGCAACGUUGCCCAGGGCGGCGCCGCGUCGGGCAAGGUGCGCGAGGGUGCCAGCUGUGACUACGCCAAGGAUCUCAGCCCUGACGCGGCGACGCGGAUCACCAACCAGAUGCGCAGGGACUUGAGCCCCGCGCUCAACGCUGUCUGGAAGUGCUGA